UAUUUGUUUCUCUCUCUCUUCUUUUUUAAGAGAGAAUUGUAUCUUAAUCAGAAAUGUGGAACCUUUCGAUGCAUACAGAAUCUUUAAAUAUGGGGAUGGGACGACACCCCGAUCCACUUUGUACCUUAAUGGGUUUAGAGUGACAUUAAAGAAACUUUAUCAUCUCUUCGAUUUUUAACAAUGGCAACAUGUUACUUUGAACGGCUCACUGAACACAGAAAAAAUGACAUGACCAACCAAACGCCCGGACUAUCUCCUGUUUUUAUCGGUGUUUAUAAUCAGUUAGGUACAGUUUUUCUCCCGUAUACACAUCGGGAUGAAUUAGCGGCUUUCAGUGGCAUAGGCUGUUAAAAGUUUCCCUGUCCAACUUUUAAUGUGAAUUAAUGUCACAUGAUAUGAAAUUUAUUUGCGGAAGAAGUAUAUUGUUUUCAUCAUUAUACAAAAGAUCAUGAAAUAAUUGAAAUAGCAAAACAUUUAGGGAGCGUUGUUACGCGGACUAUCGAGUUUCAGGGAGAAUAUGUAUAUGCGGUGAUGACACAGAAAUGGGUGUGUACCCAGGCACAAGCAUGGCGAUACGAGGAAACAAGGAGUUGUAUUUUAUUUGGGUCUUGAUUUCAUCAACAGAACUGGUGCACGGAUAUUCUGCCUGCUCAUCUGAAGCCGAGGCAGCCUCACUUCCAGCUGCCCUGUUAUGUUACGAUAACCAGGUAUCUGCGGGGCGUGUCGUCCUUGACGGAUACCUCGCCAAAGAAUCUAACACCGCAAAUUGUCGGUGUACAGUGACAAGCAAUGCAACAGGAGUGUUAAACAUCUCCAAUUACAAUGGCAACCAUCCCGAGGCACACUGUGGGAGCUCAUUGUUGUUUGAAGCUGGCGGCGUUUCCUUUCCGAUGAAUUGCUUUGUGUCUAACAUACAGCUAUCAGAUGCUGGAUCUGGUGCUUCUGUAAGUCUGGGAAAUCCACAGCUAGCUGACAAUACAGACUACUGUAUUUCUAUUCAGUCAGGUAAUUCAGCGGCAGUAUUAAAUGUGACUUGUUGGGGAGAUCCUCUACCAUCUACAUCAACAACAGAGUUUCCUCUAACAACAGAGGAGAUAGAGGCAUCGUCUUCCUCUCCAACAACCAGCGGCCAUCCUACCAUUACAAAUACACCAAACCAUACAUCGUUUACAAAGGAGGACAUAAGCAACACUUCAACAACAGCAUCGUGGAAUUUUUCUACAUCUACUCAAUCGUCAGCCACAACGAACGAACCAGUUACAUACUCCCAUUCAUCGACAUUUUUACCAAGAUCAAGUCAAACAAUGCCAACAUCAAGCGAAGCCUCACCAAGAACAGACCAGAAAAACACUCAAACUUUUUCAACCGGUGUAACCAGUUCAUCAACAUCACCGUCAACGUCAUCUUCAGAUGUCUCGCUCAUCACAACGUUUAGUACCAUGACAUCAGCUAUUGAUCAAACAACUCUAAGUGAUACAACUACGGACGAAACGCUCACUGUUUCCUCAGACUCCACACCUGUUCCUUUACAAACACCAGAGACAGGAACAAGCACAGAUGCAUUAUCAACCACGACUACAGAGGUAUCUAUGCAAACAAUGACGACAAUAUCAACGCCAGCAUCAACUUCAACACAAACUCCAUCCACAAGUGGUGACCAGAAUGCCACAUCUUUCAGCUCCACAAGUAAAACAAAUACGAUGACCGUAUCAGCACCACAGGCAGACAGGGGAACGCAGUGGAGUUUGAUCAUCCCAGCAAUACUACUAGGGAUUAUACUGUUUUUUGCACUAAUGUUUGCCUUCAUCAAAUGGAAAAGAAGUCUGGAGAUAAAGUACCCUUCGGAAGAUCACGCCCCAUUGCAUUAUAACACCCCAGGAGGACACACGAAUAUCGGGUACGAUGCGUUUGAUGAAGGACCCGAGAUCAUCACAGAAUUUACAAAAAGUCCCGAGAAUCGCGAAUUAGACAGUAUCGUCUUAGAAAAUGUUACAGAGAAUGAACCGGAACCCAACAACCAAAUGAAAGGAGCUUUCAUCAGAUAUGAUGUUAAAGAUUACCGAAAAGGCAGAAAUAGUCCUGACAAAACUGUCGUAAAAAGAGAACCAAAUGGACCGGAUGUUUAUUUUUAAGAUGAAAUAUGUGAGAGUGACUACCAAUAAAGUAAAAAGAAGAUAAGGAAUGAUUUUCUACAGUGUGGUAGAAUAUCAAAUCUCAGAACACCACCACUGGUCUAGAGAAACCGAAACGAAUGCGUCAUAUGGUUAAGCCUUCAUUGUUUGAGAAGCAUUGACUGUUGUGACAUGAGUAGUAUAAAUCAUUAAUUAUGUUGAUGUUAUACCUAACAGUACCUCAUUGUAAGAGUUUUUACAUAUACCCAUAGACUGAAUGUUCGCAUUGGUUUAUAAAUGGCAGCUAUAGAUUAGCCACAUAUACUGUGUAUGUGUUACAUUAUUAUUGGGUAUAAACAUUUGAAAGGAAUUACAGCCAAUAUAUUUGUGUACAGUCAUAAAUUGUAUAUUGUAAUUGUAGACUGUAGCAGCUUUUAUGGAUUUACAUAACGAUGAAAUUAGAUAAUUCUUUUUCUUUACUUUUUUACGACAGCCUUUAAAAAUUAAUAUUGCCUCCGGUGUCUGAGUCGUGAUUAGAUUGUUGGCUUAGUGAUGAUAUACAUGUAACACACACACACACACACACACACACACACACACAGAGAGAGAGAGAGAGAGAGAGAGAGAGAGAGAGAGAGAGAGAGAGAGAGCGUUUUCUCUUUAAUUCAAUGAAUUUAAGAACAAGUUUUGAAUAAUUGUGUACAUAAGGUGUGUUAUAUUUAUUGAUAUCAUAUACAGUAAAUAAAACUUGAUUAUUAGGAAGUCACUUGGA